AUGAGUACAAACAUUGACAAAAAACCAAAUCCAACUAAACAAGGCGAGGGCAAAGGCAAAUUCAAUGCCAAAUCCAGCUACAGAGCAAACUCCCUGGACGAGAUCGAUAACCUGACGGAGGAAGAGUUCCAUAAGGCCACUUUCUCAGGUUCAUCAAGAGCAAAACUGCGCAACCUGGUCACGAAAGUCAAAAGCUACACUGAAGCUAAGCGCGCCGUGAUCAGGGAAAACUUCAUGAACCACGUGGAGGGAAACGACAAAGCAAAGGUAGCGACAAAGAGCGCCGAAGCCAGCAUUGCCCAAAAAAGAACCAGGUCGGAGGACAGCACACCGCAAAAGAAGCAGACUAAAAAGCCAAGAGGUGGGCAGAUCCCGGCUACCACGACAAGUAAGUCGUAUAAGGAUGCGGCGAGCGGCGAGAAAGUUGCGGUCGUCAAUGAAGACUACCCGGAAGCCCAGAUGACGACCGAGACGAUGGAACAAAUCCAAGCAGCGAUCUCGGCGGCGCACGAGAAUAUCCCUGAAAAUGGCCCACAAGUGCGUUUUGAAAAAUGCAGCCGCAGGCCGGGAUAUUUUGAGGUCACCUGCGCAGACAAGACCAGCGCGGUGUGGCUAAUGGAAACAGUGCCAACACUCAAGCCUUGGGAGGGCGCAGUGUUAAAGGCAUUAACAGGCGAGGACUUGCCAAAGCCAGAGACCUGCACCGUCUUCAUCCCGGACGAGAAGGGAGAAAGACUGUCCGCCGAGAGAAUCCUUAAGAAGCUCUCAGUGGGAAUCAGAGGCCUGAACACAAGCCUGUGGAAGUCCUGGGACGCAGUCCCAAUGGACAAAGGCCAACUCUGGACCCUCUCUAUGGACAAACAGUCGCUAGAGGGCCUGAAAAAACUGAACAUGAGCCCCUUCUCCGGAUUUGGAAGGCUGAAGUUCAGGAGGAAGCGGGAAAAGAAGCCCGAGGACAGUGUCCAGCAUACCGCCGGUCCUAAGGCCAGCACAUCAAAGGCCGACGCUACGGUACCGAAGGAGGAGGAACAGGAGAGCGAAACUGAGAAACCCUUCAACCAAAGAGGCACUAGUCCGCUGAAAAGACGCACAGUCUACCAGCAGAAGGACAUUGCCAUGGAGAAAGAGGAAACCAGGUCAAAAAAACUUGUUGAAGCAGUUCACGCUUGUGGUCACUCGAUAUCUUACACUGAUACUCAAGAGUACUUAAUAGCAUUGCCCAAUGAAAAUGAAAAUACUCAUGUAACAAUCCCUAGCCAAUUAUGGUAUCCAAUAGAUUUGUUCAGUUUACUGCAGAUAAUAUUGAUGGAAGAAACUUUAGACAAAGUACCUACAUUUCACGGAACCCAAAUGGCAGCAAUUCAAAGAGUCCAAUAA